AUGGCCGACCCUUCAAAGUCUGAUCACACCUCGUCCAACGCAGGCCAAUCAUGUCGCGAAUGCCGCCGAAGGAAAGGCAAAUGCGACGGGCGCAUGCCCGUGUGCUCGGUCUGCCAGCGGUACAAUCGCCAUUGCCUGUAUGACAAGCACAGCAGAUCAUCCUUGACGCGAAAGCACUUGACAGAGGUCGAAGAGCGCCUGGAAAAGGCUGAGGCUCUGCUGAGAGCCUUCUUCACUGAUGCUCAGCUGUCGCAAAUGCUAGCCCAUGGCAUCACCAAUGGAGGGAACUUCCAGCCUAGGUUGGGGGGCGAUUCGACCAACCCACCGUCCCAUGUAGCCUCGUCGGAUCAGCCAUUCGAGCAAACUCCUGCGUCGCCAAUAGCCGGAAUGGUUCCUGGACUGCAACAGCGCACGCAAUCGUUCUCAGCCGCUGGUGGCGGCCCAGAUCAGCCAAUUGAUGUGGGUUAUCUGGAGUCCCCAACCGCAUCAAGGUCGAAUCUGGCGGACGAUGCUCAACCACUCGAGAACCCUCCUGCUGCUGACGAUGACUUUGAGUGGGAUGAGCGGGAGUCUUCCUGGAAUGUCGCAGAUCCCGGAGGAGGCCAACCGACCUCUGGAGGCGGUGUCGACGCCGAAAUACCUAAGAUUACCGACGGUAUGGCGACGUUGACGGCUAAUGACUCGAACGCUGGCUUCCUUGGGUCGGUCUCGGGAUCUGCUCUUCUACGGCUCAUCUGGAUGGGAGCGGGAGCUGAAGAGACGACAAGCGAUGCUUCGAGUGAGCGACGCCGGACUCUCGACCAAUUAUUCAAUCAGAGAUCUAGCGAGUACCCGUCCGCGUCGACAUGGCUGCGCGCACAGCCCAUGCUCACUCGAGCAAUGGUUGACACACUUGUCGACGCCUAUUUCGCGUUGUAUCACCCGACCUUUCCGAUCCUUCACGAGCCCUCUUUCCGCGAACAGUAUGCCAGAUUGAGUGGCAGAAUAAGCAGAAGCACAUGGCAUACGUUGGCCAACCUUGUCGCCGCCCUAGGUUCUUUUGUGUCAAGCACAUGCUCCGACGAGACACAUGCCACCCUGUUCAACGCUGUCAAGGCGAACCUAUCGAUUGAGUCCCUGGAGACGGGCAGUAUAACUCUGGUUCAGGCGUUUGCUAUGGCAGCAAAUUACCUGCAGAAGAGAAACAGACCCAAUAGCGGAUACAACUACGGCGGCAUUGCCCUCCGGCUCGCCAUAUCUCUGGGGCUUCAUAAGGAGUUCCGCGGCUGGCAAACAGUGCCUUUCAAGAAGGAGAUACGCAGGAGAGUUUGGUGGUCCUUGUGCGUACUGGAUGUCGGCGCCACCGUCACCUACGGGAGGCCUCUGAACUGGCCUCAAGUCGGCGUGGAUAUCCCAUUUCCAUCGAAUAUACAUGAGAAGGAUCUUCCAGUAAACGCCACAUCGCUCCCUGCAGAGGUCAAUGAAGCCACGAUCUACACCUACGUCCGGACACAAUCAUCCUACCACCUCCAUACGAUCAGAAUCUACAACCGACUCAUAUCCAAUCCAAUUCCCUGCGCCGCAGAGCUGAUCGCUCUAGACGACGAAUUCAUUGACGGCUGGUUGAAGAGUUUGCCACCUUACUUUCGCGACGACAAUCUACCUCUUCCCCACGAGUAUCUCCUCGGACACGCAAUCAGCCGCUGGCGCUUUCGUAUCAUGCGAAUCAUUAUGUAUCGUCCCUUUCUGAUUCGAUGGGCACAAGACAGGCUCGAUGCCACAGUAACGUCUCCCAUGUCACCGUCCCAGGCGCAAUCGGCCGAAAGUAUUGCAACAAAGCGCUGCCUUAAGGCUGCCGAGGAAUGCAUCUCUGUCAUAUUUGACUUCUGGUCCUCCGCCACCCACACCAGGCUCGCUGCCUGGUACGUCCUGUACUUCCUCCUUCAAGCGGCUUUGAUCCCGAUCCACUGUUUACGACGCAAUCCAACCCAUUCGGAUGCAUCAUCAUGGCGCGACUCAAUUCUCACGGCCCUGAGCAUCAUCAAUGCCAUGAACAACCUCAAUCCGAGCGCUCCUAAAUGCCGAGACAUAAUCCAUCGACUCUGUGGCGAAAGUCUUACUUUGAAAUCCCGAACCCAAUCGCAGUCGCAAGUCAAGCAGGAGCCUUCAUCAUGGAACGCCUUCCCCACGGACACCAGCUACGGGAAUCCAUUCUCGUUUCAGAAUCCCGAUCCUACCGACGCAGGCGGAAAUUCAUGGAUGACCGAGAUUGACACGGCGAUAGAGGGCUACGAUAUCUAUGUUGACCGCUUGAGCAAUGCCGCUAUGGCUGGAAUGGGACGCAUGACCUCUGGAAGCGAAGCAAGCAUGCCAGACGCUUUCACAAACGGCGACGGCACACAAAUAGGAACAGGCGUGCAGGACUGGGACUGGGGCCUGAUGCUCUGA